AUGGUCCAAUUCAUCCGGCCUGGCAUAGUUGGUGUCAAGUCAGAUCAUGAGUUUGAGAAGCGUUUUCGCAAGCCAAUAGAACGAGGCUUGCCAUGUGACGCCUCCAACCAUGACAAGCUGGUCUCUCUGGAGAAACAGGUCAUGCUCAAAAAGAAACUGGAACCAUACGUGGAUCGAAAGGAUGCAUCUGUCCUUCGCAAGCAGUUACCGCCAAUCUAUGACAACCUUUUCUAUCUUCAGCAAAGCUGCAUACAAUCACGUCUCAUAAAGCUAUAUGAAAAGCAGCAAAACAGCGGCGGGACCAAGAACUUUUUUACGAUGUAUGCUUCUAUUGCUCCAGCGCUAAAUUAUCCAGGUUGCCUGAAGCUAAUCAAGGGUUGCCGCGGUAAAGCGCUGACAUGGAAGGAAUCCAUGGACAAGGGUGAUCCAUCAUGGUUGGGUGGGCUUAAACCAUCCGAGUUCAAAGGAAUGCAUGAAGCCAGGAAUAGCCCAAAGUUAAUCAUGCUUGCUCAUAUUGUAGCCCUUGCGGUCAGAGAUGGCCACAAGACAUUGGUAUAUUCCCAUGACCUCAAGACAUUGGAUAUCAUUGAGUGGUUUCUACAGCAACCUGAUUGGAGCAAGCACGCCCAUUCUCUGAAGAAUUUGUUUUCUGAGCUGAAGCUGGGAGGAUGGAAGAAGGAUCAAGACUAUCUCAGAAUGGAUGGGAGCACUAACAGUGGAAAACGUGGCUACCUUGUGGAUAAGUUCAAUACUGAUGUGCAAGUCAAAGUCUUUGUGAUAUCUUCCCGGGCUGGCGGAAUUGGGAUCAACUUGUGCUCUGCAAGUGUUGUGGUCAUGCUUGACAAUCACUUUAAUCCUUCUAUUGCCGACCAAUGCAUUUCCCGAGCACAUCGGUUGGGUCAAGAGAAACCAGUUCACUGCUUCAGGCUAGCAAUUGAAGGGACAAUGGAGACAAAGAUUUAUGCACGAUCAAUCAACAAGUCUGGGGUUGCAAUGCAGGUCAUUGAUGGAAAGUUCACUGAGAAGAGCUUCACAGCUGAUGAGCUUUCUGAUCUGCAGCAGUCAACUGUGAAAGCGAUUUGUUCCAGAUGCUUGAAGACCCGUUUCCUUCCCAGGCUCCAAAUCCCUCCUGCAGAAGACGAGGACUGGUACUGCGAAAUGAACUCUGACAAGAACCACAACUUAUGUGAGACACCAGAAGAAAAGGAAGAAAGAAAAAACAGUCAAGCCCAAAGUCGCGCAACAGAAGACCCCUUAUUGCAGCAUCUAUUGCAUGUUAUUAAUUUUCAUACAAGGCGCACAGAACUUGUGGUCAACCACAUCCCUGUUGAGAUGGUCCAUGAAACUGAUAUUUGCUGCGAAGAUGCCAUAAGUGACCUGAAGAGAAACCUUGCUGGUGGACAUGCCAAAGGACAGGACACAGAACCUGGCUCCAAUAAGAGGGCCAGAGUGGACGUGCCAAAGCACAAGACACGCUGA